UUUCUAUCUCUCUCUUCAAAACCAUGGAAGGAGUGUCUUCAUCAUCCAUUGAAGUUCUUCUCCAAAACCUCAUCAACCUUUUUAGUGAAGAGUACUCUUUACUUCGAAGUUUCGAUGAAGAUGCCCAGCAGCUGCAGAGGACAUUGGGGAUGAUUCAAGCCUACUUGAAUGAUGCUGAGAAGAAAUCCAUCACCCAAGAUGCCGUCAAGCUAUGGUUGAGGGAGCUUGAAGCCGUGGCUUUCGAUGCUGACAAUAUCUUGGAUGAACUCAGCUAUCAUCUUCUCCACAAAAAAGUGAAGAAAAUGAAAUCAUCCAAGGAUAAGGUACUAUCAUGCUUCUCAUCCUUUAAUGGCAUUUUGCGUCGGCGUAAUAUGGCUCACACAAUCAAACAAAUCAAUGCUAAUUUUGAGUCUAUGAACAAAAGAGCAACAGAUCUUGGCAUUCAAAGCAUGGUUGUGAAUGCACCUGCUGCCGCUGUUGAUCAUACUACCGUCGAGACAGAUUCGUUCAGUCUUGAUCCAAUCUUCAUUGGAAGAGAUGACGAUCUGCCUAAACUAGUUGACAUGCUCACUCAGACAAACCCGGUGGAAGAGAAACGGGUGUUCUCAAGCCUUGCUCUAGUGGGAAUGGGGGGUAUGGGGAAAACUACGUUGACUAGAAAAGUCUUUAAUCAUGAAAGGGUAAAGGCUCGAUUCGGAUCACUAAUUUGGAUUCAUGUUUCUCAAACUUUUGAUGCAAUUAGUCUUUUCAACAAAAUACUUUAUAAGGUGACUAAAAAGGCUAGUGAUGGAGUUGAGAACAGAGAUGGUAUUAUGGAAAAGCUUCAAGCAGCUCUCAAGGUUAGAGUUGAGAGCAGAGAUGAUAUCCUAGAAAAGCUUCAAGAAGCUCUCAAGGGUAAAACUUUUCUCCUUGUUCUUGAUGAUGUAUGGAAUGAUGAUGUUUCGAAAUGGGAAGACUUUAUAAACUCCAUAUUGGGAGUUACUUCUACUAAUGGAAAUGGCAUUAUCAUCACCACCAGGAGUGAAAAAGUUGCUUCUAUUGUUAACCCAUUUCAUAUUCAUCAUUUGAAUGGCUUAUCAGAUGAAGAUUGUUGGUCCAUAAUCAAGGCCAAAACUUUUCACAAAAAUGGUGGAGUUCCAUCAGGAUUUGAGAUGAUUGGAAGAAAGAUUGCAAAAAGAUGUCAAGGUUUGCUGUUAGCUGCCAAUGUAGUCGGGGGUGUGCUUCGUGGUAAAUCCGAAGAAGAGUUGCGCUUCAUCAAUGAAAAUUGGCUUUCAGAUGGCGAAGGAGGUGAAAGUAUCUCUAAAAUAUUGAAAUUGAGCUUUGAUCACCUGUCUUCACCAUCGCUCAAAAAGUGCUUCACCUUUUGUUCAGUUUUCCCCAAAGGUCGGGCAAUCAUGAAGGAGGAGUUGAUUGAACUAUGGAUGGCAGAAGGGUUUCUUCAACCAAGCCGACGAGAUGACAUGGAGUCUGUGGGUAACAUGUUUUUUAAUGUGCUUCUACAUAACUCUUUGUUGCAAGUUCAACGGACAAAUAAUUAUGGAGGUGUUUGGAAUUAUGGAAUGCAUGAUCUUGUGCAUGAUCUUGCAUCUUCAGUCUUAUCCAAUAUUGCACAUGACAGUAAUCCUGUUCGAUACAUGUUUCUCAAAGAAGAAUCAAGUUCUAUUCCAAAAAAAGUGGCCAGACAUUUGUGUACAUUAUUCUUGGAAGGUGGAACUUCUGGUACUAUAUUCUCAAACUUUGAAUGUCUGCAUAAUCUGACUCUUUCUGGUGAUUAUAAAGAGUUGCCCAAUUCAAUUAGGGAGUUGGUACAUUUGAGAAAUCUGAAUAUUUAUGAUACAGAAAUUGUAAACUUGCCGAAAUGGAUUGAUAAACUCCAUCACUUGCAAACAUUAAGAGCAUGCUGGAAGUUAGAGAAUCUGCCUAGUACGUUGAAGUAUAUGUUUAACUUAAGGCAUCUUUAUAUCGGUUAUAAUACAAAGUUUUCGGCAGAAAUUGGGAGAUUAACUAGUCUCCAAACACUACCUUACUUCAUAGUAGGCAAAGAGAAGGGCUACCAAAUUGAAGAGCUCGGAAGUUUGACGAAUCUUAAAGGAAGGCUAAAGAUUCGUAAUCUGGAGGAGGUGCAUGGUAAAGAAGAUGCUCAAAAAGCAAAUAUAUUUCAGAAACCAAAGUUAUUUGAUUUGACGUAUACAUGGAGUGAUGGUAGAGAAGAUGGAACAAAUGAUGAGAGUGUAUUGGAAGGUCUCCAACCUCAUUCAAAUCUGAAAAAGUUGGAGAUAUCAGGAUUCAAAGGCAUACGAUUUCCAACGUGGGUUGAGAAGAUGGCAGUACGUGAUGGGCCUCAAGGAUCUUGGGUACCACUUGAUAACUUGAUUGAAAUAAAUCUCUUUAGGUGCUCAGAAAUUGUGGAAAUCCCAACGCUGGAGCACUUGCAUAAUCUCAAGUCUCUUCAUUUGAAAAGAUUGAAUAAGGUGAGGUUCAUAAAUGCCUCAUUCAAUCAUUUAACAUCACUCCAAAUAGAAGAGUUAGAUAGAUUGGAAUGUCUGCCAGAAAGGGUAUUCAGUGACAAUCAGAAUCUCUCAUCUUUGGAUAUUAUAAAUUGUCGUGUGUUGAGAGAAUUACCAGAUGGCGUAGACACCCUCAAUCAUCUGGAGUACUUGUAUAUUUGGGAUUGUGAAAAUCUGAAGUCGAUUGGGAAUCCAAGUGGUGGAGCACGGCAAUCACAAGGGAUCCUUCGUUGGCUGAGCAUUAAAAGGUGUGGAGAGCUGACUGAAUUGCCGUGCCAAAUGCUAGAGUCGUGGGCGCCUACAGUUGAGGAUCUUAAAUUGGAAGGACUAGGGAGGCUAAAGAAUCUACCAACGCUAAUUGACUGUCUCGCUAAAUCAUCUACUCGUCUCAGAGAAUUGACAUUCAAAGGUGUUCCUAAAUUGAUGGCUGCCAAUAGUGGUACUGAUAGUGUUGAGAGCUGGGAUCUUAGCAACUUGAAAGAAUUAGAUAUAGAUGUGAGUGUUGAAUGGUCAAGAGAGGAUAGUGUUGGCAUUGCAGAGACCGUGGAAAGGAUGCUGCAAAGAUGUUGCAACUCACUUACAUGGUUAGAAGUGAAAUGGGUGGAAAAUUGGGAGUGGCUUCCCCAAUCAAUUCAACAUCUCACUCUUCUUAAUUGGUUAAAGUUGGAGAAUAUAGGAGUAGAAGAAUUGCCCCAAUGGUUGGGGAACCUCUCAUCUCUAGAAAGGCUACAUCUAUGGAAUUGCAAUAAGUUGAAGCGCCUGCCCUCUGUGGAUGCAUUGAAUCACCUCACUAAAUUAGAAAAUUUAUAUAUUAGAGGUUGCCCAGAACUAUGUAUUGAUUCAGAGUGGCGCAACCACCAUCCCCAUCUCAAAUUCGAGGUCGAAGGCCAACCUGUUUGAAUGUUGUUGCAAGUAUGGUUUAUGCGAACUCAGGACUUAAUAAGACAGAUGGGGUCCGCAUCAUCGUUGUCGUCGUCGGUGUCCCAGUUACCUACGUGCUAAGGAAUUGAGGUCUGAAAUCUUCUAAAUGUUAAUGUUACCCAGCUCUGCUGGUUUGUGUUGUGCACCUUUUUCUUCAUUGUUCA